AUGGAUGAGCUUGCUGGUCAACUGGAUCAACCAGGCUAUCCUAGGGCUAAUUACUGGGUCCAUCUUGCUUCAGAAUUCCAAGUUCCGGAGGAAGUUAUCAUGAAAUGCCAGCACAGUUUCGAAAGUAGUCCAAGCAAACAUAUGCUUGAGUGUAAAGAGGGCUUCGACACUAACUUCUCAGUCCAAGCACUCAAAAAAGGACUAACAGCCAUCUCAAGAAACGAUCUUGUACAGAAAGUAGACAGUUGUCGUCUUCCAAGUAAGUUCCCUAAUGAAUUGCAGCAAGAAAAGAUAAAGGUCCUUUCAUCCCUUCUUGAUUCGAAGGCGAUAUUUCAUCCUCUCUUGAUUGCAGUUAAGUUUUCAUUGUAGUCUAACCACUUUAUUUGCUGUGCAGAUUUUUGAGCCAUUAAAAAACUCGGAUUCCAGCUUCUGUGUGAAUACGGCCGUCUCAGUCUUACCGCUCCCAGUAGCCUGUGUACAGACGUUCCCCCUCCCUCAGAAAAAAAUCUUCUCCCGAUUUUUCUCUUAGUGAGGGGGACGUCUGUACACAGGCUACGCUCCCAGUUGCUGGGGCCUGGGAUGAGGCAAGAGAGAAAGAAAAGCGAGACAAAUCAGCAGCAGCGGGGAGCAAACAAUCGGCUCAUUUUAUUUUCAGUGUUUUCUUUAUUUAUUUUUCCUAUCACUCUUCCUGCCGUAAGGAUCAGUCUACUGUUCUAAUUUUAAAAUUAAUUAAUGGUUCACAUAAGAAGGAAAGAACCAAAGGCAAUGAGCACAUCGGAAUCAGUAUAAUGGACUAAUGGUGCUAACUUUACUGAUAAAUUCAGUGGCUGGUUGAAACAUCAAAUUUUACGGAAUCUUCGCAAAGCAGCAUGUAUGUUAAUCCCUUGUUUUCUAACCAACUUCCUUAUAACAAAAUCUCGUCUGAGUUUGAGUAACACAGUAAAUGACUUUUCUUGGCUAUUGUUUGCAACUCUUAUGAUUGCCCGGAAUCUUUUAACAAAAAAGACGCCCUUUAAAAUGGAGUUCAAAUACAUUUGAUGUUGUUAACUCCAUUUUUGUAGGUUUAUGCAAAAAUAAAACCGAAGAACACAUGCAUUAAUAUAAAUGCCCUUUUUUACAGCCGGUGCAACAUUACGGGAAUUCCGUGAGAGACAUCCAACCAUUUUUGAGAGUAUUUGUCUUCAAAUGGACCACCACAACAACUGGAAAGCUUUAGGGCUGAGCAUAAGUAUUCCAGAUGACACACUGCAACAAAUUGCGACCUCCACCAGCUGUGCGAAAACAGUCUUAAACAUCAUUGAAAAGAAAAACCCCAGACUGACAGUAAAGGAGAUGCGAGAUGUCUUGAAAGAAAUGUUGAGAGAAGAUGUGUGCAAAGUUCUGGAUAAGUAUCUCUUAGGUAUCAUUUUCUACUUCUGAUUUUCAAAAGCUCAUAGAAACAGAGUCUAUUAUUUUGACCCGCGGUAAUAGAUACAAUUGCAUAACCUAAUAGCUCUUCUUUUUUAAUUUGUCAUUUAAUUUAUUAAUUAAUUCAUCUGAAGUGACAGCAGACAAUAAAUGAUUUGAAACUAUUUACCAUUUUAAGUUUUACAAAGUGUAAUGACGGGAAAUACAGAAUUCUGAAUCUUUAUUAUUUUCAUCAAAGCGACAAGCGUUUUCACCCAUAAAUGUAAAUUCUUUUAACUUCACAUUUUGGUUGAUUGUCUAACCGACUGACUGAUUGAAUUUUAAAAAUUGGUAGCCUGCAGAACGGGUGUUAUUUCUCGCGUUUCUCAGGCAAGAGAAGGCAAGCGCGAAGGUAGCGAGGGCGCGAGACACGCACAACGGAGCGUGUCUCACGUUCCACACCUGCUUCGUGUUUCGCUCGCCCUUAAAACGUGUAAAUUUAGCGCCUGUUCUACAGGCUAAUUAAUUGAUUGACCGAUGUUUAUUUUCCCAUUCCACAGAUAGCCACACAGUUGUAAAUUUGCGUGAAAAUAUAAAUUGUUCGGAAGAGGUUGCAAUCUUGUUGGAUAAAGAAACACCAGGAAUGAAAAACUGGCUGCAUUUUGCUCGCAGGCUAGGUGUAUCCAAAGAAGAUUGUGACAAUUUAAAGCCAAAAGGAAAUCCAAGCCCGACCAAAGCUUUAGUGGAACACAUCGUUCACGUUUAUCCAGACCUCACAGUCAAGACGUUUAUCGAAGCGCUGGUGAAGAUGCAACGCAUAGAUGUCGUCAAUGCUUUGGGAAAAUUCAUUUGUGGUAAACAAACUUUUUAAAAAUGUUAAGUUAUUUUUUUCUUAUUUUUAUCAUUAUUCCGCUUUUGCAUUUGCUGUGUUAGGUCUUGAUUAAGUGUACGUUGUUUGUUUUCUCUUCUUUCCUACCGAACAGCUUCAACAGCUCAACAAGCGUCCGACAGGGCCGAACAUUAG